AGGUCUCGUGAAACUCACCAGGGACCCCAGUGCCCAUUACCAAACAUUAGAAAGACUCAACAAAGUCUUCGGUUAAACAUGUGGAAUGGGUGACGAUUACUUUCAGAUUUAAAUUAUCGGAUCCUCUUCAGUUCAGUCAUAACUAAUCCAUUUGUAAUUUCAGUUGACUGUAACAAUGGAUUCGAGUGAAAACCAAGUAGCGCAUGAGUAUAUUCCAUAUUUUCGUGCAUAUAAAGAUGGACGCGUGGAGAGAUUCUUUGGCUCCGAUAGAGUUCCACCAGCGAUUGAUGAUUCUGAUCAGAAUGGUGUCUUCUCUAAAGAUGUUAUCAUUGUUUCAGAAACCGGACUCUCAGCUCGUAUUUUUAUUCCAGCAGCCGCCAUUAAACCGGGCCAACGGCUGCCUCUUGUUGUUUACUAUCACGGCGGAGGCUUCUUCAUGGGCUCACCAUUUUGCUCCGUUUAUAACAACUUUGUAUCCUCUCUAGCGGCCAAGGCUAAUGCUAUCGCCGUUUCCGUAGACUACAGGCUAGCCCCAGAACACUACAUCCCCGUAGCCUAUGAAGAUUCAUGGGCCGCACUAAAAUGGGUGGCGUCUCAUUGCAAUGGUCAAGGCCCUGAAGCUUGGCUGAACAACUACGUUGAUUUUCACCGAGUUUUUCUUGCUGGGGAUAGCGCCGGAGGCAACCUGGUGCACAACGUGGCCGUCCAGGCAACUGUUGAAGACUUAAAUGGGGUGAAAUUGUCAGGAAUCUGCUUGAUUCAUCCAUUUUUCGGCAGGCAAGACGGCGGUGUUGAUAAGUGCUGGACUUUCGUGUGUCCAACCACAAGCGGGUCCGAUGAUUAUAGAAUCAACCCAAGUGUUGAUUCGAGGUUGUCGAGCCUGCGGUGCGCCAGGGUGCUAGUUUGUAUUGCUGAGAAGGAUAAAUUGAAAGCCCGGGGGUUGUUUUAUUAUGAGACAUUGAGAGACAGUGAAUGGGCUGGAAAAGUGGAGAUUGCGGAGACAGGAGGAGAAGACCAUGUGUUUCACUUGUUCAAUCCGAAUUCUGAAAGUGCCGUGGCCUUGAUUGAAAAAAUAGCUUCAUUCAUAAAUCAACAUAAUGCUAGCUGAUUUACGUCAAGCACUUUGUACUGCUCAGCUCUUCUUUCAUAAUUUCAAAGCGAAAAAUCAAAAUUAAGUUCUUUUUUAUGUUCUGUAGAAUUAUUUAUCAAAACUGAAUUUAUGGAUACAAAUUGAGAAAAUUGGAUGCCCAAAAGACUGAGUGGUGGUUCAACUCCUUUCCCUCA